AUGGUUAGAAAGCUGAAGCAUCAUGAGCAAAAACUGCUUAAGAAGGUCGAUUUCUUCGACUGGAAGCAGGACCAAGGUCACAGAGAUACACAGGUGAUGAGAACAUAUCACAUUCAAAACAGAGAAGAUUACCACAAGUAUAAUAAAAUAUGCGGUGAUAUACGCCGUCUCGCGAACAAGCUUUCACUUUUGCCUCCUACAGAUCCGUUUAGAUUCAAACACGAGCAACUUCUGUUAGAGAAACUGUAUGCAAUGGGCAUACUGUCGACGAAAUCAAAAAUAUCAGAUUUGGAGAACAAGGUUACAGUGAGUGCUAUAUGCAGAAGACGUUUACCUGUUCUCAUGCAAAGGUUAAAAAUGGCGGAGACUAUCCAGGAUGCUGUGAAAUUCAUCGAGCAAGGUCAUGUAAGGGUAGGGCCAAAUCUGAUAAAUGAUCCAGCAUAUCUCGUAACAAGAAAUAUGGAGGAUUACGUUACAUGGACAGAUAGUUCCAAGAUAAAGAAGACUACAUUGAGGUAUAGAAACCAAAUCGAUGAUUUCGACUUUUCAUAA